UAUGUUUGGUAUUUAGGUUGUGAAUUUUGUUUGUGUUACGUUAGUAAAACAUGGACUUCCAAAAUCGUCCCGGCGGUAAAACCGGCGGUGGCGGGGUGGCAUCAUGGUCGGAAACGAACAGGGACCGCCGCGAACGUCUCAGGCAAUUGGCCUUGGAAACCAUCGACUUACAAAAGGACCCGUACUUUAUGAAAAACCAUCUAGGAUCGUACGAGUGUAAACUAUGUCUGACUUUGCACAACAACGAGGGUAGUUAUUUGGCCCAUACUCAAGGCAAAAAGCAUCAGGCCAAUUUGGCCAGGAGGGCCGCCAAAGAGGCUAAGGAUGCACCCACCCUUAUACAGCCUGAGAAGCCCAGAGUUGAGCCCAAGAAGUUCGUCAAGAUUGGACGACCUGGCUACAGGGUCACUAAACAGAGGGACACUGAGACUGGGCAACAGAGCUUACUAUUUCAAAUUGAUUAUCCAGAAAUUGGAGACACUGUUAUUCCAAGACACCGAUUCAUGUCAGCAUAUGAACAGAAAAUCGAACCACCAGAUCGCAAAUGGCAGUACCUGUUGUUCGCCGCAGAACCGUACGAAACGAUCGGUUUCAAAGUGCCGAGCCGCGAGGUAGAGAAGACCGACAACAAAUUCUGGACGCACUGGAACCGCGACACGAAACAGUUCUUCCUGCAAUUUGCGUUCAAGAACGAGUCGAAGAAACCGACGACGAUUGUGGCAAGGCCGGGCCAUAUUAUAUCGGGAGUGCCGCCGCCACCGAUGUUGCCGGUACCUCCGCCACCGAGGCCGCCGAUGUUCAAUCCCAUUCCGCCCCCACCUCCAUUGUUGGGGCAGGUUAUGCCUGUACCACCACCACACUAAUUUUAGGACUCUCAGUAUGCUUUGUAUUGUACUUUUCAUUAAUAAAUUUCUUAAGAAUG